AGCUCAGAAUACUGAGGAACAUUCACCCACCGCCAUGUGUUUCCUGUAGCGAGAAUGUGUGUAAACACCAACUUUGGUUGCAUCAUAAAAUAACAGUAUUUAGUAUUCAGUAUUAUAUAUAACCGCUUGAAAAUGCUGCUGUUUUGUCCAACCUGUGGGAAUGUGUUAAUCGUGGAAGAGGGGCAGAAAUGCUUCAGAUUCGCGUGUAAUACAUGUCCAUAUGUGCACAACAUCACCAGGAAGGUGAAUAACAGGAAGUACCCCAAGCUGAAGGAGGUUGAUGAUGUUCUCGGGGGCUCUGCUGCUUGGGAAAAUGUGGAUUCCACUCCAGAACCUUGUCCAAAAUGUGAGCACCCAAGGGCCUACUUUAUGCAGAUUCAGACUAGAUCUGCCGAUGAACCAAUGACAACCUUCUACAAGUGCUGCAAUAUACAAUGUGGGCAUCGUUGGAGAGAUUAAAUCAGAGACCUCGGUUUCGGACUUUGUUUGAGGCUCAGAAUAUGUCCUCAUAAUAGAAUAUACGGUUUUCAUCAGAAGAUUUUAUAUUUAUUUCUUGUAGCUAAAACGGUGGCAUUUAUUUGGAUUAAAACCCAGACACCCUU